AUGUAUUCUUUCAUUUUCAGUGCAGUAUUAUCAAUUGAAACGAAUGCACAGGCGGUGGCUUUUAAUCCUGUUUCAUUCGUUAAUAGGAUGGGCGUAGGUGAGCAGUUAGUGGCCGGCAGAGGUAACACAAUACGGACAGUCACUUUUGAUGGAAGUGAUCGACGCACAAGUCAACCUAGUCAACCUCCUCAAACUCCCUCUAACCAGGGGUUAAAUGCACUUCAAACUGCUCUUGCGGGUUUCCUUCUGGGGUCAGUGUAUGGUAGAGGCUCCCCAUAUUAUCCUUCAUAUGGUUAUUAUUAUCCAUACUUUGGUUACUCUCCUUAUUCCUACGGUUACUUUCCCUAUUACUAUUAUUAUUAUGGAUAA